CAAAAAGGUGGGUUGGUUGUUUGUGGUCGUGGCUGCCGGGUGUGCACGGGGACCAGUUCGGAAUUCAAUACCCCAUCGUCAUCGACCGUGAAUUAAUCAGGCGCCGCGGCAGCGUCCGCCGAGGAAUUCGGGCCAGCAGCAGCAGCAGCCCGGUCAAACAAGCAGAAGCAGAAGCAGCCAUUGCAGCGUGAGUGAGAGACGGCCGACGAGAGCGUACUACGUACAAACGCACACGUUCAGACCACAUUCAGCGCAGUGGUAGGAGUCGCGCAGUGUCUCGAUACCUGGCGACCACGGCCACUCUGCUCUGUCGAGUGAGUGGAGCGCGUACAUCGUGGUUAACCCCGUUUGGUUGGCUGUGGUCGCGUCGCUAGUAGUACCCUUAAGUGGUUGGCGCAAGGUUCUUCGGUUCGGUUGUGUGUUGGUGGCAUCUCCGCCGCUACUAGCCGGUAUCGAUCACAGAACACAGAUCAUUCGCAAAAGUCGGCAUCCCACGGUAGGAGCUGCAACCCUUUGAGGUGCCAUCAGCAGCGACAAUUUCUGCGGCCACAUUGAGGUGUGGUCAGUGUGGUUCUCGCUCGCUCUCUUUCUCUCUCCCGUAUGCGUGACGGGCUCUCCAGGUGUGUGCGUUGUGCGUGUUACGUAAGAGUGUUGAUCCAGUUCCCGACUUCCAAAACAAACCCAGCGUCCGUGGAGCCACCCUUGCUUGCAUGGCCUUGUGCCCAGGGGUUGCUUUUCACUCGCGCGUGGUCGUCGUCGUCGUCGUCACUGGAACACGUCACAUGUCGUCGCAGUGUCGAUUGCACACCGUCCAACAGCCCAACACCGGUAAUUAGGUCUGGCACGAUUUGUGAGGCUCACCUAUUAACGCCCCGGAGCCUUCUCCUGGACGCACCCGUAUUUCGGUAGCGUACAAAGUGACCGACGCGAGACUCGAGGCCGCUUACUCAGUAGUAACGGUGCUGCAGGGUACGCGUGACAUGACUAACGUACCCCGAGCGUCCGCUGUGUGGUGACUCAGUGUCCGCUGAUGGUGGUGGUUGUGAUUGAAUCGCACGCUUCGCUGACUUUCUUUGCCUGAUUCAACUGGCCUGCUGCUGCUGCUGCUGCUACCGGUUGACCGGUGUUGUUGUGAUUCUCCGGUUGGAUACGCAGGUUGCCGGCCGGAGGAACUCGCACUCGAUUCGAUCCGAUUGACAGCGUGUUGCGCCAUGUGGCCGUACUAUCGGCAAGUGUUGCCUCUGGCGCUGGUGCUAGUGCUGUCACUUGUAGUGUCCCGGUAUGAUGCCACCAUCAGCAACGCAAGUAACAACGGUGCAGCAGUGCGUGAGAACUCGUUGUCGACACUUCAGGAGGAGCCCUCGGGCAACAUUACACUGCCGUCUACCGGUGGUAGUGACACUACCCCGUCGAUUAGGAAUGUAAAUGAAAGUGAUAUUACGAUAAGGACUACAACAGUCACCCCUAGUGCACCUGUGAUUGUAGCAGAAACGGUAGCAAACGAAUCACCGUCGUCAACAAUGGUGGAAGAAUUGAUAACAGUCCCAUCGACCACGCUGUUGCCUUCUUCCACACCUUCAAAACCGACAACAACGACGACGACGACGAGUACGACCACUACUACCGACGCACCGCAUUCUGAAGAGCGGGAAUUUCCAUCAAAUUGCUCGGAAUUCAAUGCCUCGCCCAUUAAACUGAUGUACACCGAAAAGGCACGCAUGGUCAAAUGUUGCCCACCCGGGCAGAUGAUUCAACCGCAGAGCAACUUCCGCUUCGAGUGCGUCACCGGUACGCAGGAUCUAAAGAUUGAAACGAUCGAGGCGCACUUCUACGGCAACAACGAGUGCAUCGAGGUGAGCGAAAAGAAGAUCACACUUCCGGUCGUAUCGGAGGACCGGUGUGGUAGCGGUGGCCGGAAUGCGCUGAUGUACAGUGCCGAUCAGGGCGAUGAGUUGUACGUGCUGCAGAAUGGUUCACUGUUGGUGCUGGAGCUCGGUUCGUUGGUGUCGGUGUUCGAGAGCUACUGCGUCGAGAUGACCACGGACGAUCAGCUGGUGGCGAAGGUGUGCGAUGAGGAGCCGGAAUCGAGCCGUACUGCCUACGUGUCGGUGCUCAUCUGGAUCGGUAUUUCGAUGGCAGCGUUCGUCCUGAUCGCUACCUCGCUCAGCUACACGUUCGUACCGAAGCUGAAUGACACGUUUGGGUGUCUUAUCGCGUGCCAUGCCGGUUGUUUGGCCAUCGGUACGGUCAGCAUUGGGUUGGCCCGAUGUGAUGAUCACUGCAUAGCUCGAGAUUCGCUGGGAAUUGCUGAACUGUUCGCUAACGCAUUUCUCGGUACCGCGGUGUUCGCUUUCUUUCUGAUGAAUGUACUCAACACGGUGUACGUUGCGUACUACAUCCCGAAUGGGCUCGAGUAUGAUAGCAAAAACAAACGGGAUAUGUACGUGUUCCUGGCCGUACUGUACACCAUCAGCUUGGUGCCGUUGGUUCUGCUGCCGAAAGGUGGUCUCGUAUCGAUCGUGUUCAUCUACUACGGCGGUAUUGCCGUGGCGCAAGCCCUCUCGGCCUACUACACACGCCGGCUGACCUCGGGCAUCUAUCUGCAUAUCAACGAUACGGUCAGUGGUCAAACGAAAAUUAAUCACGUCCGAUUGAAUGACAUAAGCAAACAGACUCGUCUGUGCCGUAUGUACGCGAGCUUCACGCUCGUCUGCUGGAUCGCCUUCACCGUGCUGAUGCUGACGACCAAUAUGACCGAGUUCCCCCGGAUCAUCACCGUCUACAGCAUCGUGGUGCAGGGUCUGUUCACCGGCGUCGUAUUCGUCGCCGGCAGCCAGAAGUGGACGAUCAUACGCGAGUGCUGGAGCAACUCCGGGUCGGCCGAUUUGCGCGUACUGGAGAAUGGGUUCGAGAUGCGAACGCUGGAGAGUAAUCGUCGCGCUACGCGAAAUGCCGCCAAUGACGACGAUGGUACAGUAUCAUAGACCAGAGAUCGUCACACCGCGUCCACACCGCCAUAUGCUUUCAUGUGUCUGUGAUGUGCCCGUGUCCCGGGCCGGGUGCCGACAACUUUGCGGAAAAAAGCCUCCCGCACUCUCUCUCUCGCGAGAGUGUGACUCAUAUGACGUACACAUUCCAUAGCAAUGUCGUAGCAAGUUACCGGAAGAUGUUCGCACAACAAACAAAACCUGCCGAGUACUGUGUUGUCCUGUGUGUAUCGUGUGCCAAAUGUAUGUAACGGGUUUAGAGAGCAGCCACAGUUGUACGGUGCCUUCUUGUACACCAAACCAGCCUGCCAGCCAGCCAGCCAGCCAGUAGCUAGUGUGUAAAUGUGAAUUCGAAUUCAAAUAGUCAGACAAAUAGUCGAUUAAGUUAUUAAGACGCUGGGCGGCAGUCGGUUGGAGAUUUAAAAAUAAAAAAGUACGAGAAACGAAGAUGUAAAUGAAAUCGUGAUAUGGAUAAAACUAUAUUGUUGCCUUUAUUGUAAUGGACAGUAAAAUCCACAAUCAAUCGGUCG